UUCGGCCAAUAGCGUGCCAAGCGGUUGUGAUUCGCGCACGAAUUUUCGUUUGAAGAGAUAUUAUCAAAUAAAUUCUGAAAGAUACACGACAGCAUAACGGAUAAAGCAAACAAAGAAGAACAUUUUUAUUCUUUAUAUCGCCUUGGCAUCGCAUUGAAAUUCGUUACAGACUCAAUUCAACGCGUUUAUUAAUUGUAAAAUGAGUAACCUACAGCAUAUUACGCUCGAGAUGGAUAAAACUCCAGCGAAAAAUCAAGUUAAUCACAUUGAGGCCGCAGACGACAUCGAUGGACGUAAAGUGCGCACACCUCGAGCAGUGCCCGAAAUCGAUGAUGAUGAAAAUGAUGAACGACCCUAUGCCAAUGGCGUUAAUUCCGGCGUGGAUGAUGGUCUGCUAGGCAGCGGAGAUGGAAGUGGUAAUGGUAAUGGUGGAGCCACCAUGCCCAACGCGAAUGGCGGACGUCGUCGCAGCGUUGGAUAUCCGGGCUAUGAUGGCACCGGAUUUGUUAACAUCAAUGGCGUGGAGACGCCCAUACCAGAUGUGAAUGCCUAUCAGCAUAAGAAGACGCUCGCCCAGGGCAUGAUGGACCUGGCUCUGCUGUCGGCCAAUGCCAAUCAGCUGCGUUAUGUGCUGGAAACCAGCAACCAGCAUCCGUAUUUUUAUCCCAGCCUAUUGUUCAUAUCGGUGAGCAUCAUAUUCCAGAUAGCCGUCGGUGUUGGACUUAUAUGGAACGGCAGGUACAAUAUCAGGAACGAACAGGAAAUAUGUCGUGCCAAUAAAAUUAAUAAUUACACAGUCAUUGGCAUAUUUAUUGUAACAGUUGUGAACGUUUUAAUAUCAGCCUUUGCUGUGGCAGACCGAGCUCCCGCAACGACAACGUAGUCGCACAAUUUACGUUUAGAUAUUUUAGAAAUUAUAUGUUUAGGCCAAUACUCACGAUUUUUGCAAAAGCACUUUUCACAUUUUUAUAUUUCUCUGCCAUUGUGAUAAAUAAAUUGAAAGUCAUCAAGUUGAA